ACUGCACCGCUCCCUCCGGCUCGCCGCGCCCUCGCUCUCUCUCCUCGCCCCCUCGCUCGCUCUCUCCCCAGAUCGAGGCUGCUCUCGUCCUUUCUCCCCCCGCCCCCUCUCGCGCCGCGCCCCCCGACCCCCGUCUCCAGCCCUCGGCGGGACCUCGGAGGUCGAAGGUUCUGGCCCGCCCGCGCCCCCCGCGCGCCUCCCGCCGGCUCCGGCCGCUCUGCGAUGGAUCGCCUGCUGGCCGGGCGCUGAAGGCAUCCCCCGGACUCGGAGCGCAGCCCGGGAAAGAAACACUCAGCAGUAUUGAUGAGCAGAUCCUUGGGUUCAGAGGUUGGCUGAAACGCACCAUGCCUGCUUCCAUCCUUUGCUCCGGAAAGUUGUGAGUUGCUCAUGCCUAUAGAGAGGAAGGAUGGCACAUGGGAUUCCUUCUCAAGGCAAAGUUACCAUAACGGUGGAUGAAUACAGCUCUAACCCCACCCAGGCAUUCACGCACUACAACAUCAACCAGAGCAGAUUCCAGCCGCCACAUGUACAUAUGGUCGACCCCAUCCCAUAUGACACUCCAAAACCAGCGGGCCACACGCGGUUUGUCUGCAUCUCAGACACACACUCCAGAACAGAUGGUAUCCAGAUGCCUUAUGGGGACAUCCUUCUCCACACAGGCGAUUUCACCGAGCUGGGACUGCCCUCAGAGGUUAAGAAGUUUAAUGACUGGUUAGGAAACCUGCCCUAUGAAUAUAAAAUUGUGAUCGCUGGGAAUCAUGAACUGACAUUUGAUAAGGAAUUCAUGGCAGACCUUGUCAAACAGGACUACUACCGUUUCCCCUCUGUGUCCAAAUUGAAACCAGAGGACUUUGACAACGUCCAGUCCCUCCUGACCAACAGUAUUUACUUACAAGACUCGGAGGUAACAGUGAAGGGAUUCAGGAUAUACGGUGCACCUUGGACCCCGUGGUUUAAUGGAUGGGGCUUUAACCUACCCAGAGGUCAGUCUCUGCUGGACAAAUGGAACCUCAUCCCUGAGGGCAUCGACAUUCUCAUGACGCACGGACCUCCUCUAGGCUUUCGAGACUGGGUUCCGAAGGAGCUUCAGAGAGUGGGCUGCGUGGAGCUUUUAAACACAGUCCAGAGGCGAGUCCGACCCAAGCUCCAUGUGUUUGGUGGAAUUCACGAAGGUUACGGCAUCAUGACCGACGGUUACACAACCUACAUCAAUGCCUCAACGUGUACAGUCAGCUUUCAACCGACCAACCCUCCAAUUAUAUUUGACCUUCCCAACCCACAGGGUUCCUGAAGCUCUGAAUGCCCGAUUGGAAUGUGAGGGAAGGUCUAUAAACUGCCAUUUUUUCUAAGUAUAAACUUACAGUCUCUUGUUUAUUUCCAAAUCCUGUGAGUUCUUUUUUGUAAAUUGCUGGAACAAACAAACAAACACACGAAUGAUGCUAAAGGUUGUGCUUCUUCUUUAUUAUUAUUUUCCUUUUUCUUUUUUUCCAAUGGGGUAUCCAUUUGAAAUCAAAGGAGCAUUGUGAAUUUGUAAAAUGACUUCUGUUUUCUCAAAGGCCACGCCAUUGUAAAUUGUUAGUGUUCUCCAAAGGACAGCCAAGCUUUCUUUUUAAAAGGUGAUAAAAGUCUUAUUUUAAUAUGCUUUAAGCUGGAAGAGAAAGAAAACAAGAAACAGGUAGGCAGCGUUUUAAAAACCAACCAGAUUUGCACAGCUGUGUUAAGAGUAUUGUUUGAACUAUUUUAUUUUUUGGUGUUUUGUUGUUGUUGUUUUCUUGGUAACGUUUCUUUCUUCACAGAUGUGGCCCGGAUUUAUAGUAAUCUCUUCGAGAAAAGUCGGUGUGGAGAAAGACUUCCCUUCACACUCUCGCUGUAAAGAAAGUUGUGUCAAGGGAAGAAAACGGCCCUCAUUUAAAGGAUGGCUUAGCUAGUGAGAUCGAUACUGUGGUCAUAGAAGGUCUCCUUGUUUGUUUCUUUUAAAUUAUUUUAGCUUUAAAAAUAUGGACAUGGAAUCUGUCCAGAGCAGGUAUUUCAUGCAGUAAAAAAAAAAAAAAAAAAAGAGUGUGUAGACUCCUUUUUAAUAUGGGUUUAUAUAUAUAAGUAUUUUUUUGUGUACUAUGACUCAGUUAGGAGUUUGAUGUUGCCAAGGACCGGAGAGCUAGCUGCAAAGGUGCGGUGGAGCAAGGCCUUCGAAGUCCGAAGGAGCUCCCACAUCUCAGAACUCAAGGUCUUAAAGAGCUUGAGCUAAAUCUCGGUACAGUUACAGGCGUGUACAGACUGAAAUGGAUGCAAUGGAAGCUAACUAAAAUAAGGCUUAGUUGUCCUUUAUAUUUAAAUGCCCUGAAUUGUCUUCUUCCGCCCUCUCCCUCCCCCCAUUUUGCACUGUGUGUCGAUGCAAUCUUCGCUAGCACAAAAUAUUGUCGCUACUAGUCAUUUUCUGUUUUCCCAUUGUAAAUGCUGUUGAGCUUUAUUCUAUUUUAUGUUACCUUGUUAAUGAAAUUUAGGAAAGCAGUUGUUUCUUUAAAUUUAUUGUGAUAUUCUAUAUCUAGCGGCCUUUAUAUGCAAAUAAAAUUGCAAGAUUUUUAAA